GUAGGAGCAACAGUUGCAUCAGUCGCAGCAACAUCAGCAGCUGUAGAAGCAUCAGUAGCAGCAGCAUCAGCAACAGAAGUAGUAAAACCAGAAACAUCAACGGAUUCAGCAAUAACAACAGUAGUUGACGUAGCUGUUGUUGAAGCUGCAUUACGAGUAGAAUCAUCGUCAAAUAGCAGCAGCAGCAGCAGCAAGAGCAGCAGUAAACGAAACCGCAGAAGCAGUAGACGCGGCAGCAGUGCGAGCAGCAGCAGCAGCAGUACCAGUACCAGUAGAAACAGCAGCGGCAGAACCAGCUUCUCAAACAAUUCUCAAACUUCGUACUAUUUCUCGAAUCAGCUGGCCAAACACGACGAACAAAUAGCUAUAUUUAAACAGCCCAGAGACAGGACUAAUGAUGCAAACAUGUAA